AUUUAGUCUUCUCUUCUAUUCACGCUUCUUCUCCGCAUUCUUGACGUUUUCCGUAUUCCGUAUUCCGUAUCCCGUUGUCCGUUUUCCUUCCUCUUUCUUAUAUCUUAUAUGUUAAGGUUGAGGCGACCUCUCUACCUAUCUACCGGUACCUACGUACUCUGCAUUUCUUAUUUCUGUUACAGCACAAAGUAUAAUUUAUCGUUAUCCCCCACAUUAUCUCUCUCUCUCUCUCUCUCCCUCUCUCUCUCCUUCCUUAUCUCCCCUCCCACUCUUCCCUCAAUCCCGUCAUCAAAGUGUUUGUGACAAAGGAACAAGAGAAAUCCUUCCACAUCAUAAAUCAAAGCCGCAGAGUGAUCGAUGAUCGAUCCAACAACAUCCGAACUACAGAACCACAGAACCACAGAACCACAGAACUACAGAACUCCAUUCGUACAUCGUAACCUUCCAGUUUCAACGCACGGAGAUCCAUUCUGCCGACAAUUCAAUCCACGCUAAUCCAAUUUAAGUUUGACUAUCUUCCUCUCCAAAACAGCUCCAAGUUAAGAAGAGAGUUUCACUUCAACUUUUGUAGUAGUGGGAAUGCACCCUCGAUAAAACUACAAAGUAUUUGGUCCUCUUAAAUUACUGGAUAUGUGAAAUUCGAUUGAGAGAUUGCUAUUUGUUUACGAUUUUCCGUGGAUUUUUUUCUCUUGUUCUCUAUUCUCUCUUCCUUUCCUCAACUACAUCAUCGCAAUCAUGCUUCUACCGGAUAAGGGAGGGCAUAUGGCGAAAUGCCUUUCGAUCCUCCUAUUCUUUGUCGGUUUGGUUGCUGGUCAAACUUCCACCGCUUCCUUCUCGCCCUCGAAUGCUACUUUACCAUCGAACAUGACGAACCCGGAUUUUGAAUUGUCUUUGACGUCGGGAAACAGCGACCUCUUGAUAAGGAAUAUGUACAAUAUUGCCCCGCUCACUGCUGAGGCGGGAAUAGGACAAAGUGAGACUGCUGUGAAUCAAAUCACUAUCAACGGAACUAUUGUCUCCAGAGAUGCGUCAACCGCGAGUAAUCUCUCCGCCACAGAUAUAGCAUAUAUGAGUUGUGAUCCAAACGAAAGCUCCAACAUCGAUUCAACACAGGCUAUCAAUAUGGCAGGAAAUGCGCGGCCAAAGGCCAUAUUAUUGUAUAGCUUAUACUCUCAGGAGUGCAGCAUUACCGGCGAUUAUACUUAUCAAUCAGUUUAUACAAUGGUGUCUGCCUCCGAUUCAAUGGCUUUACUUGUUACGUUGAAUAAUUAUAACAGCUCACUGGUCGCAAGAUUCGUACCCAACCAAAGCUCGUCAGAUACAGGUUCGGCAUCGCAAACUAGUAACAAUGGAGGACCGCCACCAACUACAGCUGUUGCCAUGAGCAUCCUUUACAGUAUCACUGGAAUUAUCACCUUGCUAUUCUUGAUCAUUAUAGCCACAGGAGCCAUUCGCGCUCACAGGCACCCGGAAAGAUAUGGGCCACGGAACGCUCCAGGAAGACCAAGACAAAGUCGAGCAAAGGGUCUUGCGCGCGCUAUGUUGGAAACUCUGCCCAUUGUGAAAUUCGGGGAUCCAGAACCAGGGAAACCAGGGAGUAGUGAUAUUGAAUUGGAGAAUGGCAGUGUUCAUCAUGUUCCUGUAACUUCUACAACAGAUGCGACGGCCAGCGACGCAUCCAAAUUUCCGGUUGCCGCGGCAGCAACCUCCGAGAAGGGUCUGGGUGCACAUCCUGAGUCAGGGGACAACGAAGCAUCGGCGGCCACGAAGGAGACUGAGCUUUUACAAUGUUCGAUUUGCACAGAAGACUUCGCCACCGGUGAAGACGUUCGAGUGCUUCCAUGUCAUCACAAGUAUCAUCCUGCUUGCAUAGACCCUUGGCUCUUGAAUGUUUCAGGAACUUGUCCAUUAUGUCGUCAUGAUCUCCGACCUACAGCAACCCAUGCUCAAUCUGCAGACGAUGAUGAGCUUCCACCACCACUUGAUGCAGGUGAAGGAGAAGCAGCUAGUCAACACACAGCCGGUACUUCUGAAAACGUAGAGGCUAGCUCUCGUAGUCGCGUUUCUCGUCUUGUGCAUCUUCGUCAUGCUCCCCCCGAAGAGAGUAUUGCUACCCUUCGCGAAUUUGCACGUGAGCAAUCCCAACAAGAAGUGGCUGCACCAAAUCAAGACGGAGUCGAAGAACAAGGCAGAAGAGCUAGCCUUGCAGGUCGACUCCGAACCACUCUCCGAAUAAGAACACGGGCACAAGCUCCCACCGUGGCCGAAACGACAACAACGACAUGAUAUGAUCACUAAUUAAUAGUAUUUUUAACGAUUCGCUUAACGAACGACCUUUUAUAUUUAUAUUUUAUGACCUGAAAUAGUGGCUCUCAGAUCCGACGUUUUACUACAAUAUUGUGAAAGCAAAGUACAUCAUAUUGAAACUGGGUAGCGUGGACGGAUGAAUGAAUGAUGGAUGAAACGGUACGAACAAUUGGAAAGGAUGGAUCUGAAUAGAUGGAGUUUGGCGUUAAUGAUUCACUUACCCUUGAUUUUCACAAGUACAAUCGAGCAUGGAUUGGGUCUGGUCUACUUUGGGCGGUGUUUUGUCAAGUACCUGGGAUUUCGGAUGGUUGGAGGAUAUGGAGCGGCGCAGUGGAUGGUAAAAUC